AUGUCGGACCUAAACGGCAUCAGCCAGCUGAACGGCACGGCUGACCCUUCCACGGAGAUGCACCUACACGACGUCGAGAAACAAUCAGAAGAAACAACAGACGUACUAGAACCGCCAACCCUACCGCCCUUGUCGACAGUGACUCGCAACCUACACAAUCAAAUAACAGCAUUCCUCACCGAGGAACAUGAUCCGUCUUCCCUCCUCUACCGCGUCCAGCAACAAACCCGCAUCUCUCUAGACGUUAUCCGAGAAUCCCUAACACGAUACCCCAUCCACGAACUCUCCAUCUCCUACAACGGCGGGAAGGACUGUCUCGUUCUCCUCUUACUCUUCCUCGCAAGCCUACAUCAGCACUGCGCCUCGACCAGUCCAUCAUGCGCUUCCUCCGUUGCCAGCAACCAGUCUCAUAGCAGCAGCAACCCUCCUUCCCACCCAACAUAUAUACCAGCGAUAUACGCGCAACCUAAGCACCCUUUCCCUUCAGUCGAGAAGUUUGUCACGCAAUCGUCUCGGGCUUACCAUCUCAAGUUGACUCGCCACUCGACCGACCCUCCGCAUUCUACCAUCCGUUCUACAUUUGCCGAAUACCUGUCUUCUAAUCCACAAGUACGAGCUAUAUUCGUCGGAACACGCCGCACCGAUCCCCAUGGUGGUAAACUAACGCAUUUCGACCGUACGGAUCAUGGAUGGCCGGACUUCAUGCGUAUUCAUCCUAUAAUUGAUUGGCAUUACGUGGAGAUUUGGGCGUUUAUUAAGCAUCUGGGGAUAGACUAUUGUCCGCUUUAUGACCAGGGAUAUACCAGCUUAGGAGGAACCAACGAUACCCAUCCAAACCCGAAAUUGAAGGUAGAGAAGGCAAUUGAGGGUGACGGAGUGAAUAAUCAUGUUGUUACUUAUAAACCUGCCUACGAGUUAAUAGAAGAUCAAGAGGAGCGGCUGGGGAGGGAUUAA